GCCUGCCUGGAGCCCGCCUGCCCGAUCCUUUGGGGUUAUUUUUUUCACCUCUCGGCCGUUUGGGGAUAAAUAAGCGGCGGUGCGGAGCCUCACAGGUCCUGCCUGGCUCUCACAGCCCAAGCGGUGCGGGGUGAAGGCGCCUCCGAGCCCCUUGGUUGUGGUGGCAGAGAUGUCCAGCUGGUUAAAACCCCUUAAAACACCUAGCGUGUCCACGAAGGGCCCAUAAAGAAGCCAGCCGUGCAGCCAAGCAGUCUUUUAUGUGGUAUCUUUGCCUUCUUCCUUCCAAAAAGUUAGUGGCAAACAGAAUAUACAUACGCAUAUCCACCAGAGCGAUGCAAAGAGCUCCCCAAGCAACUCGUGUGUGGACAGCCAGGAGCAUCUAAUGCGCUGCUCGCCUGUGGUAAGGGGAACAGAAACGUGGUCCCAGCGUGUAAUUUAAGGAAGAAAGCGUGCCUUAGUCCGAGGACAAAGCCUCUGAUAACCCCGAGCAGCGGCGUUAUGAGUCAGCAGCAUCAGCGCGGGCGACACUUGAAGGUUUUUUUUUUUUUUCCUCCUGCAAGCUGAGGAAGUGUUAAAAUAUGUGGUAGGGUGCUGGCCUUGGGUGCCUGCUACUCGCACGUUCAUCCUUACUAUGAUCCUUUUCUGCACCUUUUCUGCAACAGAAGGAACGCUUCAGUGUUGCUCGGGCUGCUAGGUGAUUGUAUGUGUGUAUAUUUUCAGAAUCCUCUAUAACUUAAGCAGUGAUAAUUAUUAUUAUUAUUUGUCAGUCCAAACUUAUUGUACAGCGAGCUUUGUAAGUGGUGGGCAAGCUUAUAUGAGGCAUGACAGACACUAAAGGUGUUUUAUUUAAUAGCCAGCAGCCCUGUUUCCCUGUCUGCUCGCUGAGUUACUUUCCCAGGAAGAAUUCCCUUUUGGAAGCGUGCAGCAGGUGGUGAGGUGGUGAUAUCCUUGUUUCUCCCUCACUUUAUAUAAAAUAAUCUGUCCGUUUGGAAAGAAGAAAGCAGACGUAGUGUAUCCGUGUACCUGUUCUCCGGAACAAAGCAGCAGCAGCAGCAGCAGCUUUCUGUUUCUUCAGAGGAAUUAUUCUGCAAUCUUUCUGAAGACUCUGCAGGAGUCUUCUUCGCUUCCAGGAGCCUUCCCAGUAAGACAAACCGAAUAAAAUCCAGGAUGCAAACCCAUCUUUCUGGCGGAUUAAGCCAAAAGUACCGCUUUUGCGGUUUCCGCAAGCACGAGAUCGUGGAUUUUGUGGUGCUUAAGGCAAAUCUGUCCCCCAAAAUGUCCAAAAAGUAGCUCUCUGGUGUGUGCUAAGAGUCUUUUACGAACCGAGACUCCCAACGCCAAACGCUUCAGCCCUGUUUUCUGUUUGGGCCGUGGGCAGCUUGCCAGCGUUGUGAGUUCAAGUAAUUCAGAUAACGCCCGCUCUUUUUGCAAACAAGCUCUAAGGUCAGUCUGCUUGAUUUAUCUCUCUGCUUUGUUUGCUGAAUGCGUCGUAUCUGAGAGAGUGAAUUUACUCUGCUUAAGCGCUCCGCGUCACCCGGCUUUCCUCCCUGUUGCGUGGCUUGCCCCAGAAAAAGAGGAAAGCGGCUGAGGACGGUAAAGAUCCGCCUGCAGAAGGAGCAGCUCGCCCGCUGGGCGUGUUACCAGUGACACCUCCCAGCUAAUCUGCAAAUCUCCAGGUGCCCGAGGAAUGCCAUUUACUCGGGACGUUGCUGGAGAGAACCGGAGAUUUCAUCACCGCUGCGGGCAUCCUGCUAAUUUCCCCCAGCAGUGGCAGAGUCCUUUCCGGCUGCCCUCCCUUCUGGCCUUCCUUUUUCUCCUUCCUGGCUGCCACGAGGCAAUUCGGGGUUAUUACCGCCGUGUUUGAGUGGAAGGUCUCAGGUGCAGCGCCGAAACCAUGUUCUCCCGGCUAAGGGCGGCCGCCGCUCCCUGCUCGCUGGCGCGGCGCGGCGCACACACGAAGGAAAAAGGCAAGCCGCUGAUGUUAAACCCGCGGACGAACAAGGGGAUGGCCUUUACGUUACACGAACGGCAGAUGCUCGGAUUGCAAGGGCUUCUACCUCCUAAAAUCGAGACGCAAGACAUUCAAGCCUUACGCUUCCACAAGAAUUUGGCAAAAAUGACGGACCCCUUGGAGAAGUAUAUCUACAUAAUGGGAAUCCAAGAGAGAAAUGAAAAGUUAUUUUACAGGGUUUUACAAGACGAUAUCGAGCGGUUAAUGCCAAUUGUGUAUACACCGACAGUGGGCCUCGCCUGUUCCCAGUACGGGCACAUCUUCAGGAGACCAAAAGGAUUGUUUAUUUCAAUCUCAGACAGAGGUCAUAUAAGGUCCAUUGUGAAUAACUGGCCGGAGAACGACGUCAAGGCUGUUGUUGUCACUGAUGGAGAAAGGAUAUUGGGUCUCGGAGACCUCGGGGUGUAUGGGAUGGGAAUCCCAGUGGGGAAACUCUGCUUGUAUACGGCCUGUGCAGGAAUCCAUCCAGAUAAAUGCUUGCCUGUGUGCAUCGACGUUGGAACUGACAAUACAACCCUCUUAAAAGAUCCAUUUUAUAUGGGCCUGUACCAAAAAAGGGAUCGCUCACAGGUCUACGAUGACCUAAUUGAUGAAUUUAUGGAGGCCAUCACAGACAGGUAUGGCCAGAACACCCUUAUCCAAUUCGAAGACUUCGGAAACCACAACGCUUUUCGGUUUUUGAGAAAAUACAGAGAGAAAUACUGUACCUUCAACGAUGACAUCCAAGGGACGGCUUCGGUGGCCUUAGCGGGACUGCUGGCAGCACAGAAAGCCACUGGCAAACCAAUUUCGGAGCAGAAAGUGCUGUUCCUUGGGGCAGGAGAGGCUGCCCUGGGAAUCGCAAACCUCAUCGUUAUGGCCAUGAUGGAAAAUGGUGUUUCAGCAGAGGAAGCCUACAAGAGAAUAUGGAUGUUCGACAAAUACGGAUUGCUGGUUCAGGGCCGAGAACAAAAGGUAGAUUCCAACCAGGAACCAUUUACGCAUCCGGCUCCAGAGCAGAUCCCAAAGACGUUUGUGGAUGCAGUGAAUGUACUCCGGCCUUCGGCUGUCAUCGGGGUUGCGGGAGCUGGGCGGCUCUUCUCUCACGACGUGAUCAGAGCGAUGGGCUCUAUCAACGAGCGACCGAUAAUAUUUGCACUGAGUAACCCCACGGUGAAGGCUGAGUGCACGGCAGAGGAAGCGUAUACGUUGACAGAGGGACGUUGCUUGUUUGCCAGCGGCAGCCCGUUCGACCUGGUGACUUUGGGAGACGGAAGAACCUUCAAACCAGGCCAAGGAAACAACGCUUACAUUUUUCCAGGCGUGGCUCUCGCUGUGAUCCUCAGCAGUGUUCGACAUAUUAGUGAUAAGGUUUUCCUAGAAGCUGCUAAGGCGUUGGCGGAACAGUUGACUGAUGAGGAGCUCGCACAGGGAAGACUUUAUCCCCCUCUGUCUAAUAUCAGGGAAGUUUCUAUUUAUAUUGCCGUCAAGGUGAUGGAAUUUCUGUACGCAAACAACAUGGCUUUCCAUUACCCUGAGCCUGCAGACAAGAACCGUUACAUCCGAUCAAAAGUUUGGACCUACGAAUACGAAUCCUUCAUGCCAGACGUGUAUGACUGGCCUGAGUCCAAGGUUCACUGAUGGACCAGAAGAUGGCACUCCUCAGGCGGUACCUUCUACUCUGCAGGGAUCCCUUUUUCAGACCAAUUUAAAUCAUGACCUUUGAGUCCUGUAAUUUAUUUUCACUUAUUUUGGUGUCUCUUUGCCCUUCUCCCUUGAUGUAGAUUGCUCCCCGCUCCCCCGAGUAUCCGGUGAACUGUGUGGAUGAUGGCGUCCAUCGCAGGAUCGAGAGAGAGCUCUUCAAAAUUAAUUCUAAAAAUGACGUUGCGUUUCUACCUUAGAGCCCUUACCACGCUAAACAAUUUGCUUAACAAUGUUUUAGCUGCAUGUGGGCGUGAUGCUCUCUCGUCACUGCUGAUUUCCAGAACGAUUUAUUUCUGCUUUUCAUAAUCAGUCUUCUGAUUGUCCCGGUGGUGUCACACAGCAUUAUUUGUGACAACACCAGGGAGAAUUCGUUCAAAAACAAAAGGAGGGGGGGGCAGCUUAAGGCAAAUUUAAGUCUGACGGGCUUUCUGUUUUGUCUGAUACUCAAAGAUGCCCGUGUGCAGACUUCCCUUGUGGCAUUGGCUGCUCUCUUUCUCUGAAUGUGCUUCGAGGAGCAGCGUGGUGUUAGGAGGAAAAAUGUGAGCUGGUUAAGAUUAUCCUAGGAAAGCCCGAAAAUAUAUUAAUCACUUACGAGCUUGAAAAAAAGCAAAGCUGUGCUGUUAUCUAAUCAAAUAUAUCACGCAAAGGCAGAACCUGAAGUGAUCUACGGAAAUCUUUGAGAGAUUUUGCGGGGAGAUUUUUGCAGUUGACUCCAAGGUGACGUACCGCCGGCUUUUUUCUUUCGUUUCUUUCGUUUUUCAAAGUUCUGUUCCUCUCAGCCGCAUCGUUUCUCCCUCGCGUAGCCUCGUUUUCCCAAAAGGGCUCGUGUAUGAUGUUUUUUAUGACGUUGCUGACUCAAACGCUCCCGAGCGGGACUCGCUUGCCGCGUUGAACAACCAAACCCCCCCGCCCCAGAGCUGAUGAAGCCAACCCCGAAGGCGUUACAGGCAGCUAUUGACACGCACACUGACGGAAUUUGGGCUGAAUGAUUCGUGUGGUCCCAGUGCAGUUUGCACGCAGUGAAUGUCAGACUUGAAAGACCUAAUGCUUAGAAGCUGUAAGUUGAUCGCUUCACUCUGUUUACGGAUUUGUCAGGUGUUGUUUUUUUUUUUUCUGUGAAAACUAAAAUUUCUAGGUGAAUUUUUGUCUCCUUUUCCUUGCACAUUUGAUACUGAUACCACAAUGUGCAUUCCUCUUUUUUUUUUUUUUUCUUCAUAUCAGCUUUGAGUGCCCUCCGUUUCUUUGUUCUGCGGGCAAGGACACAGCCGUAGCUACAGGCUGUGGUCUUUGUAACAGCAACAAGAGUACGUCUUGAACAGAAACAAAGGCGAUGCGCUCUCCCACAGCGUGCUGAAGUGAAGCAAAAAAAGGACAAAAAUAAAGUAAAAAGGUUGCACUGGCUAAAUAAAUUACUGUAGAUCUACAAGGGCUCUAUUGGCAGACAAAGCUGGAAUCCAAAGAGGUGAAGUAAAGCUUGCUCAUCGGGACUUGCCCGUGGCAAGCACAUCUCAUAUCCUUAUUUAUGAUGGAAUAAAUAAGGUCUCGGCAGAAGUGUGCAAAAUAGACCCAAAAUACAGCAGGGAAAAUAGUCUCUGUACCUCCUUAGACGUGAUCUCUGUCAUUUCCUGCCUAGUCUCCGAUUUUAAAAUAAAGUCGAUGUAGUGGAGAAAGAACAGUGAGCUUUUGGAAGGCUUCGCCUAAGUGAGGAAAGAAGGCUGAUUAUAUAAAUGCAGAAAACGGUGAUGUGGGGGCAAGACCGCACAUUGAAACUGUGGUAAAAUGCUGUCUGGUGGGGCUCUAAGUGCUGCAUUGCCAAGCUGUGCGACUUAACGUGGUUUGCAACUUGUACAUGUGAGUAUAUGUACAAAGAAGACCAACACGUACACGUGAUGUUUUUACAAAGAAUGCUUUUUUUCAUCUAUUUUUGCUAUGCCUGUUUUUAGUGUAUUUAAAUUUGUGACCUUACUGGAAAAAAAAAAAAAAAAAAAGAUUAUUUAUUUAGUGUACAAUUGUUUUUACCUCCUGAAAAUGCAACUCUUGCCGAAGCCCGUGUGUCAGUGGAGUUCUGCGUCACUGAAUCCAAAUACGUUGGCAACGCACACUUCCUCACUUCUUCUGACGACGUACUAAUUAGGCAGAAGAGUAAUGAACGUAUCCUAUGCACUGAUCUUGUGUCCUGGCUGAGACUGAUCGCAAAGGCAAGGCCCUCAGUCCGUGAUUCUAACUUGGUUUUACAAAAUAAAGUUCUACAUCCGUC